AUGCCGUGUCUGAAGGAGAACUACCUCGUGCUGCAGCAGUCCGUGACCGUGGACCCUGCGGAGGUGGACGCGCUGGUCACGAAGAUCGAAGAGACGCUGCAGCUCCACGGACCCCCGGGGGGGCACCAGAGGACCGGGUUCUGCGGAGCGGCGGUGAUCCCAAACCUGAAGCAGAACCCCCGCAGCUGCUGUUUGAAGAUUAGGAACCAGCGGGGAACCUAUAGAACCCGCAGCCCGUACCAACUGUCCACCCAUGUGGACCAGGACUGGGACCAGAUAAGGCCGUGGAACAGGACACGAGUCCCAGUCCGGGUCCAGGAGGAAGACCCGCACCGGCUGCUACAAGAACUGAUUAUCUCCGGAAACCUGAUCAAGGAGGCGGUUCGGAGGCUGCAGUUCUCCCCAGACUGCAGAGACCUUCCCCGUGGUCCGGACAGCCUGCCCUGCGUCUGACUGGGAGAACUGGGAAUACUGGAUUAGAACAUUUUGAAUCAGACUGGAUCCAAUGGGAGUUGUGGUUCUGUUUUUAUAUAACACGUGUCUGUGAGUGUCCAACGUGGGGGGGGGGGUCACUGUGCACGCGCCACGAUCACGUGCACAGAAUUCUUGAACAAUCAGACAUCCGGGUGAUAUGCGGGGGCGGGGCUUAAGCAGGUCGGAUGUGGCCUCACGUUGAGACGUCACCUGCGACGUCAGAGACUGAACCUGUUUGGACUUCCUGCAAAAAAUGAUUUACUUCCUGUUUGUGUGUUCAGAACAAUCACGUGACUGCUCCGCAGCGGAGCGCCUUAAGAUUCCUGACUCAUCAGGAUUUUUAUUGUUUUAUUGUCUUAUUAAUAAACGCUUCCUGUUUUCCAA